UCAGGUUUUCCCAGAGAGAGAGAGUUAGCAAUCAGUUGGUGAAGAGUCGUUGUUAGUUACGUACACUGUAUUCUUAAACUCAUUUGUUUCCCUUAUAACUGGUGGAAAAAUGUCAUUCUGUGCUUUUUCCGGUGGGGAGAUCUAUAAGGAUCAUUUUCAGCCCGGGAUUUAUGUGUGUGCAGAGUGUGGACAUGAGCUAUUCUCCAGCAGGUCAAAAUACGAGCACUCAUCUCCCUGGCCUGCUUUCUCAGAGACCAUCCAUGAAAACAGUGUGUCUAAACAAGAGGAGAGAUGGGGAGCAUACAAGGUUCGCUGUGGGAAGUGUGGGAAUGGACUGGGUCAUGAAUUUGUGAAUGAUGGACCCAAAAACGGCCUGUCACGGUUCUGAAUAUUCAGCAGCUCGCUGAAGUUCGUCCCUAAAGAGAAGGGUGAGCAGUAAGUGAGCCAGAGUGGAGUGGAGACAUGAGAGCGAUGAGAAUGUAUAGAGGGACUUGAUCCUGUAUCCAGUGCUGACAGUGUAUGAAGUGAACUGUUAUAAAGCCCACGUGGGGACCUUCAGUACACAGAUGUAUUUAUGGCAUCACUGGAAAAUGAGGACAGUCUCUCUCCAGCGAAACCAGACUAUCAGUCGACACGCACAAAAACGUCCAGUUAUUCUUUCUCAGCUUCACACAGGAUAAUCUAGUUUUUGUCUUUCUUAUGCUGUUAAAACAAUUAUAAAACCAAAAAAAAAAAAAGAAAAAGAUCAUUAACAGUAAUGUAAAUCAGUAGCAGCACAGAAGUGCUAUUCUUAAUCAAUCCCAAAUGUUUAAAAGCACAACUUUAUGUAUCACUCAGAUUGUUUCAUAGCACAUUCAGAACCAGCAAACAGAUCAUCGUUUUUGCACUUACAGAGCAAUUGAGUAAAUUAUAUUUUUAAAAAGAAAAUCUUUAUGAUUGA